AUGUUCUCUGCAAGAAGAAUAUCUCUAAAGUCUAUUUCUGGAUUCAAUCCAAAGUUUGCCUCGACUUUGGCGUUUGUUGAAAGCAGUAACAAUAAAAUCACCCCAGCAUCAUUAUCAGCCCUUAAUGCUGCAAAAAAAUUGAAUCAACCAAUCACCGCCAUAUUGGUGGGAAAAACCUCCGCCAAAAUCGUCAAAGAUGAGCUUCCAAAAUAUUCUGCCAAUAUCGAAAAAGUGCUAAUCGCCCCAGAUUCUAAAUAUAACCACUAUUUACCUGAAGAGGUCUCACCACUUUUACAAUCCAUAUUGAGCGACUCAUCUAAUGAUUUUACACAUUUCAUUGUCCCUUCUUCUUUCACAGGUAAGUCUCUCUUACCUCGUGUUGCCGCCAAAUUGAAUGUGCAGCCAAUAUCCGAUAUUAUCGCGGUUGAAGGUCCAUCAACUUUCCAAAGGUUUAUAUAUGCAGGUAACGCUAUUGCCACCAUAAAAUCCAGUGACAGUUUGGUUUUAGCUUCAGUAAGAGCUUCAUCAUUUGAGCCUUUGGAAGCCGGAGCUCCAAAAGAAUUAGCCGUCCAAGAAUUGGCAUACGUCGAGCCAGAAGCUAAAGUGGAGGCCGAAUGGGUUGGUGAAAAUAUUAUGAAAUCGGAAAGACCAGAUUUGGGCUCUGCCAAAUAUGUGGUUUCUGGAGGCCGUGGUUUAGGCUCUAAGGAAAACUUCGAUAAGCUCAUUGAUCCACUUGCCAAGUCAUUGAAUGCUGCUGUUGGUGCUUCGAGAGCGGCCGUUGAUGGUGGUUUUGUCGAUAAUUCCUUGCAAGUUGGUCAAACUGGAAAGAUCAUUGCCCCUGAUUUAUAUAUCGCCGUCGGGAUUUCGGGAGCCAUCCAGCAUUUGGCCGGUAUGAAGGACUCUAAGACUAUUGUUGCCAUUAACAAAGCUGAUGACGCUUUGAUAUAUAACGUUGCAGACUAUGGAUUAGUCGGUGACUUGAAUGAAAUUGUUCCAGAAUUAACACAAAAAAUUAACGACGCUAAGGGCGCUUGA